AUGAUGAGUAGCGGGAUGCUGAUCUCAUGGCAGACUCUUCUACUUGCAGUCCUUGCUAAUGCUGUCCUGCCGUGGGCAUUGGAAUUGCGCACCGGCAGAAGUUCUUACGACGAGUUCCGCACACAGUAUGGACGCGGCGACUUGGGUGAUGACUACGAGCUGCGGCUAGGGCUCUUCAACCAGAAAAUCUCCACUGUGCGUCAGAUAAACAGCCAGGAGGGCAGUUGGAAGGCAGAGAUCAACGAAUUCGCAGACUACACGCCGGAGGAAUUUCAAUCUUUGCUCGGUCAUCGACGGCUGCAUCGCGGUAGCACGAACUUCCUCCAGCUGCAGUCGAGUGUGACGCAAACAAGUGGAGGCGCUCUCGGAUGGCCGAGCUUUGGAGACUCACUGCGGAGGAUGGCAGAGCUGCUUGAAACCAGUUCCGGUACGCUUCCUCCUGGUCUACCAGAGUCUGUCGACUGGCGGAGUCAGCUGAACUCCAGCAGCUUUGUCAAGGAGCAGGGUACCUGCGGAUCUUGCUGGGCUCUUGCGGCCGUCGGGGCUUUGGAAAUGCAUGCAGAGAUCACCAGCAAGCGACUACCGCGAGAGCUCUCCGUCGAUCAGCUUCUCGAUUGCGUUGCGAAUCCACAACACUGUGGUGGCCUGGGCGGCUGUGAUGGCGCCAACUCCGAAUUGGCCUUCGAGUAUGUGCGACAGCACGGUUUGUAUAGCAGCACGUCCUACGACGGCACCAAGAAGGGCGAGAGCUGCACAGGCACAGCGAGCCAUCCAUACGUGCAGCUGCAAGGCUUUGUUCGCCUCCCCACGAACAAUUUGAACUCAGUGCUGCAAGCGCUUGCAAGCAGAGGUCCACUGGUAGUCGGGGUGGAUGCGUCCCGCUGGGAUGUCUACGGCCACGGAAUAUUCGAUGGCUGCGAUCGAGAUGCCACGAUCAAUCAUGCCGUGGUCUUGGUAGGCUAUGGCCGGGACAUUCUGGGUAAAGGCUAUUUCCUGAUUCGAAACUCUUGGGGCAAGGCGAUCAGGGCGAGCAGGGCCACUGCGGGCUGGAUCGUAAACCCCAGGAAGGAGUUUGGUGUGCAGGCGGCGCGCCACAGGUGUUUGUACGAGUCGGGCUUUGAUAUGUGCAUGGUUGACUUCUCGCGGCUGAUUUGGCUGGCAGUGCUGCGCGGCAACAUGUCCAUGCGCCGCAGUGUGAGUGAGCCAUCUCUGGGCCGAAGUGGGUCGGUUGGAGCAUUCUCGAGAUCACGGCGCUUUGAACCGCCAGAGCCGUUUUGGGUUAGUUACUCCAGGCGGCACGGCGGUUAUCCAUCUGGGCCUUCAACACCAAGUGCACCAAGAAAAUCCGGGAGUACAAACAGGCCGCAGCCGCCCGGUGUGCGCCCUUUCCAGAAGUCCACGUCAUUAAGCGACGUUGCGCCGAGGCCACCACCAGUUCAUGAGUUGGUACCGAGCCAGCUGAAAAACAAAGUUUUGGAACUGGUUCGCGAGUCCCCCCAGCGCCCGAAAGGCCAGAAACAGAGAGGGUCAGUGGUCAUUGAGAUGAGCUGGAGUGAAAGCGGCUAUCUACCUGCCCAUGCCCAACCCUCGAGCCAGGAUCCCCAGAACUUUACCUGGGGUGAGAAGUACAAGCGGCUUGCGGGAGAGCUCAGACAGGUCCUGGCUGACAAGGCUAUCAGCGUCACCGAGUUCAAGACCCCGGUGCUCAAGAAGAGCCAGCGCAUCUAUGACAGGUACUCGGAGUGGGAACGGCGCUUGCCAAAGAGCACGCCAUCCAAUGCCUCACAUAAGUCCUCGGUUCCCAGCCGGCUCGGUGCGUUCGAAGUUCAUCUCGUCCAGAGCACCUGGGAUCCCGAGCGCUGCUGUCCAGCCACCCUGGGGAACCACAGGCACCAGGGCCCUGCUGUGAAUCUGCCGGAGGGCAUUUUUUGCACAGCCUGCGCAGAAGUUCUGCGUGACGAAAGGCCGAUGACCUACACCAAGGACAGUCUGAAAGAGCAGCACAUGCUCCUCCACUCGAAGCUGUGGACCCGGCGCUGGCCCGGUCUUAAGCCACUGCUUGUGCGCAUUGGGAUCGCAACAAUACCGCCUCCACCACUGGCGCCCAGACCGGUCCGAUUGGUCGAAGUGGAUCUUCCGGUGUGCCAGGAUGUGGCCCCGAGCCCGAGAUCUCUGACUUGCGAGCGGAAAACCCUGAAGUUUCCGGAGGAUCCAGCAGACACAAUUCGGAAGAAGAUGAGUGCCCUCGACUGCCCGGCGCAGAAGGGAUGGAUCCUGGACUUGAGUUUGGGCACAGAGGUCUUGUGCAAAUGCGGUGGCGGAAGCCACCAGCUGAGCGUUGGCGCGGUUAUUGCAGAGAUUCAGCCAUUAGGCUUUGAUGGCGACACUUUUCGACGCUUCGUGGAGCAGAAGCGCGAGCAGUUUCAGGGCGAAGACGUGAAUGCUUUUCUGAGGUCUUUUCUUGAUACGGAAGGCCGGGAAGUCAUGACCAGGCUUGUUUCCGAAAGACAGCAAAAAGUCAAAGAUCAGAGCGAUCUUGAGGAGUCUGCCUUUCAGCGCCUCCUUGCGUGCAAAGAAGACCUCAUGAGCCAGCAGCGGGAUAUCUGCGAGAGUUACAGCACCGCCCUCCGGGAGGGCCAAAUCCAAGCUGAAAGGGUCUUUGUCAAGUACUGCCUUACCUGUGCUACUUCUGUUCCAGGAGCAAAGGUGAGCAUUGAUCCCGAGAGCACCUCAGUAGAGGACGCGCUCGAGGAGUUGGCCAGGGCCAAGCAGCUGAAUGAGACCCUGGAAAAAGCUUGGCUGGACUGGGAAGAGGCGAUCGAAGGCUGGUUGGAUGUGCCGGAGGUUUUCCAACAGCGGCCCGACCUUGCAAACGCAAACUUCGACAAGGAUGAUGCUGAUGCGAAGGCAGCUCAGUUGAGAAAGCAGGCUGACAUGAUCCGCCGGAAGAUGGCCAAGUGUCUUCCAGACCGUAAUGAUUAUUCUGACCGGCUUCUCCGAAUACAGGAGGAGUGGGCACACCGCGUCGAAGAGUACAGGGACAGCGGCGAGGGUUUUCCGGUAGACGAUUGCGGGGUGCCAGCUUAG